ACAAUAACACAACAUACUCCCAUUCAAACCAGAAAAACUCUCCCUCUCCCUCUCCUCUCCCUCUCCCUCUCCCUAGCUCUCAAAUUGAAAAUCAAGUCACUGAUUUCGUCUCAUUCUAUCUCAAAUCGACAACACCAAUUUUUCUCACUGACUUCGCACAAACGGUUGUGGCCGGAGUUCAAGGAGAUUAAAAGUAUAAAACAGAAUUUUAGUGAACGGGUCGUGAGUACAGCUGCCUAGAGAUGGCUAUCGAAUGCCUAGUGCUCGGCGCGGGGCAAGAAGUGGGGAAGAGCUGCGUGGUUGUGACAAUAAAUGGCAAGAGAAUAAUGUUUGAUUGUGGAAUGCACAUGCGCUACAAAGAUCUUCGCCAAUACCCAGAUUUUUCUUUGAUUUCAGAUUCUGGUGACUUUACCAGUUCACUCUCUUGUGUGAUCAUUACACACUUCCACUUGGACCACAUUGGAGCCCUUCCAUAUUUUACUCAAGUUUGUGGAUAUGAGGGCCCCAUUUACAUGACGUAUCCAACGAAGGCCUUAGCUCCACUGGCACUCGAGGAUUAUCGAAAUACGCUUGAAAGAGGAGGAGAGAAAGCGCAAUUUACUUCUGAGCAUAUUGCAGAGUGUAUGAAAAAAGUGACUGCAGUGGAUCUAAAACAGACUAUUCACGUUGAUAAAGACCUUCAGAUUCGAGCCUACUAUGCAGGGCACGUUCUUGGGGCUGCAAUGUUUUAUGCCAAAGUGGGUGAUGCUGCUUUGGUAUAUACAGGUGACUAUAAUAUGGUGCCUGAUAGACAUCUUGGUGCAGCUCAAAUUGACCGACUGCAGCUAGACCUUGUUAUAUCCGAGUCAACUUAUGCAACAACAUACCGUGAUUCAAAAUAUGUCCAAGAGAGGGAAUUUCUAAAAGCAGUUCACAAGUGUGUUACUAGUGGAGGCAAGGUUCUAAUUCCUUCAAAUGCUCUUGGGAGGACUCAGGAACUGUGUAUGCUACUAGAUGAUUAUUGGGAGCGGACAAACCUUAAGGUGCCAAUAUACUUCUCUUCAGGUUCGACCAUACAAGCAAAUCUGUACCAUAAAAUUCUCAUCAAUUGGGCAAGCCAAAAUGUCAAGGACACUCAUGCUAGACACAACGCAUUUGACUUCAGAAACGUUAGGAUUUUUGAUCGUUCCUUGAUAAAUGCUCCUGGACCUUGUGUCCUUUUUGCUUCACCUGGGAACCUUAAUGGUGGCUUUUCUUUGGAAAUUCUCAAGCAGUGGGCUCCAUACGAAGAGAAUCUUGUCAUGCUACCAGGAUCUUGUUCGAAUGGAAUUAUAGGAAGCAAAUUGAUGUCAGCCAAGAUACCGACACAAAUCAAGCUUGAUGAGAAUGUCAAAACCGAUGUGCGAUGCCAGAUUCAUAAGUUAGCUUUUAGUGCUCAUACCGAUGGCAAGGGAAUCAUGGACCUUGUUGAAUUUCUCUCGCCUAAGCAUGUGCUGCUUGUACAUGGAGAAAAGCCUAAGAUGGCUGCGCUUAAAGAAAAAAUAGAGUCUGAAUUGGGAAUUGAAUGCUGUUAUCCAGCAAACAAUGAAACUGUGACCAUUCCUUCAACUCAUCACAUAGAAGCUGGUGUGUCUGAUGAAUUUCUGCAGAGUUGCCUGACCCCCAAUUUCAAGUUUUGGAAAACCAAUGUUGGCUCGGACAAGAGAACACCUCCUAUAUUGCAGGUUCAUGAUGACCGAGUGGGUCAAGGGAUGUUAACCCUGCAGAAUCCUAGAGUCUUUACUCAAAAUGAAUUGAGGGACGUGUUAGGAGUAGAAAAUCAUCAAGUGAAGUUUGUUCAUUGUUGCUCAGCAGCAUAUGAUUCAGAUAUUAGCAAUGCUGCAUCAGAUUGGUCGCCUUCGACGUCUCAAAAGAUUUUUUUGCUGCAGCUGUUGUUCGGAUUAGUUUCCGGAGAUUUUCCUGAUUGUAUUAUGCAUGAUUGCCAAAAGGGCAUUCAGGUUGGGUCGUUUGUUGCCUCUUUGUGCUCGAGGGAAGAAUGUCCGAGCAGCAACGUGGAUGCACUACAUUUUCGCUGUACAUGGUCGGUGACUGAGGAGGAACUUGCUUGGAAAGUUAUUUCACUAGUGAAGAAUGUCAAGUUGAGCAGGGAAAGCACUUGAUUAUUUCUGAAAUUUUUGAUGGAUUCUUGUGACAUUAUUUAAAGCUCCAGUGUUCUUGAUACAAAAGAAAAAACAAACUUGAAGGAAUCUACUUUUAUGAUCAUUGAUUUAGUGUCA